AAAGAAAAAGUGUUACAAAUGUAGAAAUUCUUGUAAUGUCCGUACUAUAGCAACGAAAAUUUUGUGGAAAUAUGCAAUGAUCACGCUAACAGAAUGUCGAUUUAUUAAAUGUGAAUUUUUAUUCGAUAGUUUAAAAUGUGCAAUAUUUGACAAUUUAUUGUGAGCAAUGUCUUAGGAGAUUAUUUAUUACAUCAAUUUAUGGAAGUUAAUUUUUUUUCGUAUUUAUAUGAAGUGUCAAAAAUAGCAGUUAUAUUGGAUACGUUUUUUAUAAUUUGAGACACACACGCAUACGUUGAUUCCUCAAGGAAAUUUUAUCUACUUGGAUCUUUAGUCAAUAUAUAUAGAGAGAUCAAUUUCAACGAGAGAAACUUUAUCUUAUAACAGGAAUUUUUGAUAUUCGUGUCAUAGAAUUUAUUUGAAAAUGGGAAAGCCGUACAACCAUUGGAUAUUGUUUCACCUUCCCGAUCGACUGUUAUUAUUACGCACAUGUGAUGAAGGUUCAACAGCUUAAAGCGGAAGAGGAAGCAGAACUUUUAUCAAAAUGGAGGGAGAUCAUACUUACUGCUAAUGGAAAAAGGAGGUCGCAGCGUUGCCAGUAAUUUCUCCCGGCAAGAAACUUUUGAAACCGACUCCAGGUUUACAGCACGCUCUAAGAGCGGGAGUGUGAAAAGGGGAGACCUAUCGCUUCCGGUUAUUGGCCCGCGUCAUCUAGUCAGACAAAAUUCAGCUGACAGAAUUCAAAAUAAACAUAGUGAUAGAGUAUCUUCUCCAGAAGCAAUCUUCGGCAAAGGUAUUCACAGUGAUAGAACGUACACGACAAAUUUACUUGAAAAGUCAAACGGAGACUUUCCAGAUGAAAAAGCUCCAUAUAAGUUAAGAAAUAAAAAAUACCCAGAUAUAUCUGAGGACACUAGUUAUGUCAAGGAAUCGAUAUUAAAUGAACAGAAAAAAUCGGUGAUCAAUAAACAAGUCAAAGAAAAAAGAAAAGUGGACACUAAAAGUGUGGAAAGUGGUGAUUCAUCCAAGGAAAAUAAAAUAGUUGGUGCUAAAGAAUCUCCAGUAAAAGAAGUCAAAACAAAAUCUACAAAUGCUUCCAAAAAUGACAAUUCUCUGAAGGAAAAUAAGAUAACAGAGAAAAACACUGCUUCAAAUGAAAGUAAAUUUAAUGAUAAGAAAGUUUUAAAUAGCAGUGCAGUAAUAAAGGAACGUAAAAGUAACGAAAACAAACCUUUGGACAAAGCUGUAACAGUAAAAGAACGUAAAAUCAACGAUAGGAAACCAGUAGAAAGUGUUAUUUUAAGAAACGAAAGUAAAAAUAAUGAUAAGAAAACUUUGGUGAAUACUAAUUCAUCAAAUAAGUUUAACGAACAAAAGGAUAUUAAGCCAUCAAAGAGAGAAACUUCCGUAGAUUCAAAUGUUCCUCAGUUAAAACAGUUAAAAAGAACAAUACAAGAAAAAUCUAAUGAUAAAGCCAGUAAGGAAAAAUCAAGCGACCCGAAACUUGGGAAGCGAGAGACACUUCGGGAUAAACUAACAAGCACUCCAAUAAGUGAUUAUACAAGUAAUACUGCUGCCAGACCAGUUAAAACAAAUAAAUCCUCAGUUUCUAAAGUACAAAUUAAAGAAACAAAAGCAAUUGAAAGCAUCAAAAAAGAAGAAAGUAAACGCCUGAAGGAAAAUCUUACCCAAACAACUAAAACAACAUCACUAAAGAGUACUCAAAAAGUAGAAAACAAAGUUGUGCGAGAGCAGCUUAAUUUGAAAUCGGAAAGCAAACUCUCAAGAACACAAACAACUGAAACAGUUGAUAGAAAAUACGAAGAAACUAAAAGAAACCGAUUGAAAAAUAUCAACAAAGUUGGCAUUACUGGGGAAAAUAGUACAUCGAAAAAAGUUUCAAAAGAUACACCUACAUACCCAAAACAAGAUAUUUUUUUGUUGAAUGAGCGUAGGCCGUCGUCGGAUUCGUUCGAAUCGGGUUUUGCUUCAUAUCGACAAAGCGAUAAUCGACGAGAAAAAGUAGAAGAUGUGAUUUCACUUUUGACGGUAACUGACACUGAAGUGGGUAAACCGCCGGAAAACACUGUACUUGAUCGACCGCGAAGUGAUAAAAGUCGCGUUAGUUUUCGAUCUGAGCAGGGUCCGACUGAUAAGUUCAAGGGUAAUCAUCUAAUGGAACCAGUUGUCCAGAGGAAGCCAGGAUCUGAAAGGAUGACGGAAUCAUACGAAUCAAUAUACGAGGAACGGAGAACUCUACUGGAGGCUGAGGGGACAUAUCGAAAACGUAUAAAACAACUCGAAGAUGAAAUGAAUCAGUUCUUGAAAACUAUUGACGAUCUCCGAUCAGAAAACCGAGCUCUUAGAAAUAGAAUUGACUCGCUAGAAAAUUCUGAAAAUUCUGGUGGUAAACGUGAAAACGAACAAUUGAAUUUAACAAUACAGUCCCUUCAAGCCCAGAAUAAAGUUUUAGAAUCAAAACAUGAUAAAACAGAGGCUAAAAUUGCAAAACUCGAAAAAGAAAAGGACAAACUUACCUCUGAAAAUAACGACUUGACCUCGAAACUAACUGAUCUUCAAGUUAAAUAUAGCAAGGUUGACAAUGACUUGGCAAAACUUAGAUUGGAACAAAAUAGUGACUCAACUAAGUUCGACAAAGAAUUUAGUCAAUUACGUAAUGAUUUAAAAACGGAACAGUCAGAGCGAAAAAAGCUUGAAGAUCAAAUUACAAUUUUGAAAACAGACAAAGACGUGUUGAAGGAUGAAGUUGUUGCGCUGCGCUCAUUAAACAAGAACUUAGAAGCAAUUAAUGAAGAAUUCAAAAAUGAAAAUAUUACAACUGGUGAACUGCCAAAUAAAGAAAAAAUGGAACUGAAAUCACAGAUUAUAACACUUCAAACGGAUAAUCAGACUUUAAACGAAGAAAACAUCAGAUUAAAAGCAGAAAACUUGAAACAAGUGAAGUCAAUUCAUGAUUUAGAGAAGACUGCAAAGUCGUUUGAAUCGAGUGUAACGGCAGUUGAAUCUUCAAAAAUGACAGAAAUUCAGGAUUUGCAAAACGAGAAUGCAAAACUUAAAUCAGAAAUCAAAGAUUUGAAAGAAACACAUGCUGAUGCAAAUAAUAAGAUAAAAUCUCUAGAAUCUGAAAAUAAAGAUCUAGACGAAACUCUUUCACAAAAGAAAGUCGAACUGUCAGAGUUGUUAACAGCUCUCAAAGACGACGAUAAAUUCGAUAGUGAAAUUAAAAAUCUAAGAGCAGAAAAUGCUCGAUUGAAAACUGAAAGUGAAGAGAAAGACAAAAAAGCAGAUGAUUCGGGUAAACAUCUAGAGGAAAUAAAGAUAGAAAAAGACAAAUUUGAAACGGAGAAAAACAAACUUACUAAAAAAAUUAAUGAAAUGCUAGAAAUGAAUGAAGAGCAAAAGAAGCAUAUGGCAGAUCUACAAGAAAAGCUAGAGUUUGGAAAGCGUGAAAUAGAAUCAAAUAAAGAAAAGCUCAAACAAAUAGAAAAGUAUGAAAACGAAUUAUCAGAUUUGAAAUCAAAACUUCAGAAUACAGAGAAAGAAAGAGAUAGACUUAUUAAACAAAAACAAGAAGAGAUAGACGACCUAAAAUUAAAAAUGGAAAGAAACGAUGUAAAUCACAAAGAGCAACUUGAUGCAUUGAAAAUGGAAUAUGAAAAAGAAAUCGACGAACUGAAAAAGCAAGUUGAUUUUUUGCAAAAAGAGAUCGAAGAGUUGAGGCAGUUGAAAGCAGUCGAGAGCGAACUGCUAGAAACAAAUGAUGAACUUAUGAAAGUAAAAGAGAAAUAUUCGCAAAUGGUUUCGGAAGUUGAGUCAAAGUCGGAUUUGGAACAGAAAAACUUCCAAAUGAACAUGAGGAUGACUCAGAUGAAUAAUACCAUCAAGCUGUUAGAAAGAGAUAAGAAGGAAUGGCUUAUCAAAAAGCAAGAAUUUGACGAAAUUGAAGCUAAUAAUAAACGUUUACAAGAUGAAAACAUUGGCCUCAAGCAACGUGGCGGUAUCAAAAAAGUUUCUAAACAAAUUGACAAGCAAAUAGAAUUUUUAGAACGGAAACAGAAAGACGCAGAAACACGUGUUAAACAAUUAGAGGGUUGGGUAGGCGAUUUAUAUGAUGAUGAUGAAAGUCAGAACCGUGCAACAUAUGUUGGCAGUUUGAACGGAAGAAAAGCUCCACCUCCUAAGAAGAAACAACCCUUCACAAAAGCUUCCAAACCGCCAAAAACAACAAUAAGAAUCGACCACGACCGCCCAAGAAGUUUGGAUGAUGUUGAAGUAAGGGAGAAAGACAUUUACGAAAAAAGAUCAGAAAAGUCUGAGAAAUUUUCACAUUCCUCAACUCCGAGCUUGCCCGCCAUUGAACCAGAGACUAGAUUAACUUUUGGUUUAGGAUAUAGCCAAAUACAUAGAAGUCGAAUUAAAGCUGCUCAAAAGUAUAGGAAGUAGGAAUUAAGAACGUAUCACUGCAAUAUAUCAUUAUAUUAUAAACUGAUGUUCUCGUAUACUUUAUAGUGAGAUAUAUUUAAUGUCAAAUUGCGGUUUUCUAGAGCGGUAGAAUAUGCUUUGUCAUCCGACGCACGCAUCAGAUCUCUGGAAUUAGUCCGAAUUUGAAAAAACACUAACUUUUAGUGAUAGUAUAGAUAACAGGAAAUACUGACGCUGCCUUUUUAAAGUUUUGUCAUUUUAUUUAUUUAUGCAAUGAAAACAUAGUAAAGCGCAUCUGUGAUAUAUAGAGAGAAUUAUAUAUAAUGAUUUUCUCAAAAUAAAAAUUAAAGCAUUACAAUGUUCAUGAA